CGCGUUUCAACCUUUGCGUCGCGUGGUGCGCUUUGAUAAAACAACUACACUGCAACUCUUUUGUAGUGCCUACUAAUACGAAACGGAGCGCUCCCAGGCACACACAGUCCUCCCCCACCGCACCGCACCGCCUCUGAUGACAAGUCUUGAAUUUGUGUAUCGCGGCGGCACCUGAUAAGCUGCUCCAUAAGCAGCGUUUUUCGUGUUUUGGAGCCCAAGUCAAAGGCAGUUGGGGCCCGGUGGUCCCAGGGGCAAAACAAUGGCGGCAUCUGGCGCGUAAUUAACCCAACGAAAACAAAAAACAAAAAGCAACAAGCGACUGCAAAAAUAACAAACGAAACGAAGCGGAAUUUGUUUUUGGCAAAAGUGUUUCAUGUGCGCGACAAAUGCAAAGAAUGAGAUACGAUACCCGUGCAUCCCAUCCCAUCCCAACCCAAUCCAAUCCCAUGAGAGUGCGUGUGGCGUGAGUGCGGAAAUGGCUUAGUGACUGUGAAAAGUGCGAGAAAAUCACUACGGAAAAUCAAAAACCCAACCACCAACGAACAACAGGCGUACAAAUGGCAGCUGAAUCUCCAGAAAGCAACAGCCCCGAGAGCAGUCCUGUCCAGCGGCUGUUGAACGGCAGCGUGGACAGUGGCAUUGCCGUGCUGGAGGUGGAGACGCCGACGCUGAGGCGGCGCCAGCGGCUGCAGCAGUGCCAGCGCAUCCUCCAGGUGCUGCAGCGGGACCAUUCCACCCACAGGCUGCUGCGCGAUAGAUUAAGUAAAAUAGCCGAUAGGAAGUGGAAGAAGGAGGACGCCAGCGAGGAGCAGAGCUGCAAUGUCUGCUGUGCAGACUUGGACCAGAGCAGUCCCAAAACCUAUGUGACAUGUUGUACGUGCGGGAAGCUGGUCUGCCGGGGCCCCAAGUGCGCUGACUGGCGGCCCAAGGAUGCCAAGUGGGAGUGCCAACUGUGCCACAGCUCCAAGGAGUCGCUGGCCCACACCUCCUCCUGGGUGGCGGAGCAGAUGUCCUUUAACCAGCACAAGUUCGUGUAUCCGAUGCGGGCACGCAGCGAGGUCUACAUACCCAUCAUACACACAUCCAUCGAUGGCAACGACAGCACAAUGCACAUUGAGAGCGUCAGCCAGAUAGGGCAGAGUAUUCAGCUGGACGAGCGCGCCAAGAUACGUGCAUAUGUGGAGGAAAUUGUCGCGGAGAUGCUGGGCGGCAAUUUGGAUCACAUCAAAGUGGGGCAAUUGUCCAAAAGCGAAAACUACUUGCAAUUUUUCCAUAAAUUUCAUGCGAAACUUUCGAACCUGCUUAUCAAUGUGGAAAACGACCUGCUCAAGGGAGAUCUGCCGGCCAUUGUCAAUGGCAUUGGCAGCAGCAGCAGCAAUCCGACCACAAACACCAACAACAACAACAACAACAACAAUGGAGACUCUGACUCUCUGGCAGACAUCUCACAGACCCGUCUACGCAGUCUCAUCGAGACCAUAAUAGCGGAAACGCUGCGCAGCAGUGCGCUGAGCGUGAGCGGCGCCGUCUCAGAGAUCAGCCUGGACACCCGCUCGCUGGCCGCCGACCUGCCCAGCAAUGGGCUGAAGCGACGCCAUCGCACGGAGCACUAUUUCGAGCCGAAGAUCUAUCAGGAACUGCUGGCCACAGCGGUGCUGAACAAGAUUGCCGAUAAUGAAGGGAACACAAGGCUAAUAUCGGAGAGCACACCGGACCUGAGUGGUCACCUCAUUGAUGAGAAUUACAAUGCCGAAGCGUUGAGCACCACGUCCGGCAGUUCCAUUGAGCCCCGAAGCGAUUGCAGCCUCACCGACCAUGAAUUGGUACUGGAUUCGGGCAAGUCCAAAUCCCUGCAAGCGGAAUUGGAACGUGAAUCGGUGUUGAGUGAUUAUAUAGCCUCACACAUGGUACCCCUACCGGACUUUUCGGCAUCUGUGACCGAAUCGGAGGAUGAUGUCGGUUCAAUCUCCUCGAGCAUGAUCGGCGAUGGCACCUGGGAGGAUAACUGGCUAUUCAAGAAGAAGCGCAGCUCCAUGCAAACCUCGGCCACACCGAGCAGCAUAGGCAUGCUGGUGCCGGCUCCCACGGAGAAUGUGCGUGCCCAAAUUGGCGACAGGACAGCGGAUGAGGUCAGCGAUCUGUCGGAGAUAGGAUCGGAUGCGGAGGACAAUUCGCUGGACUUGCUACGCUGCAACGAUCUGAACGAUCGCCUGCUGAGCAAGCAUCUAAUCGGUGGUCAGAACACAAAACUUGUCCUAGACGAGCUCGUAGAUCGGACCAGCUUGAUCUCCCACACCCUCCCGGAGGAGCACGAGCCCGCAUUUACGGAAACCACAAACACUUUGGUCGUUGCCUCCUCGGCUGUGCCAUCUGAUAAUCUUUUAGUUGCGCCCCCACCACCCAUGGUCUUUCAAGAUGACUCACUGAACGAGGAGCUGGUCCAGACUCCCAUUGCAGAUCAAUUAAGUUCAGAAUCAAAUCACAGCGAUGAGAGUGCGCCGUCCACCAGCUGUGAGUCCUUCAACGGAGACGGUGACUCUGAACAGGAGUUCGUUAGCCAGAGAGUUCUAGUUUUGGACGAGCGCAUGUCUAGGACGAACACUUACAAUCCCAGCAACACCAACUCUAACACCAAUUCCAACUCUAACUCUAACACAAAUCCCACUUACACUGAAAACACAACUAACCACACAAAUCCGAGUAGUAGACGCACUAACGGCAAACUAACAAAUGGUUCCCUGAGAUGGUCGAACAAGGCGGGUACCGGUGCAGGUGCAGGUGCCUGUGCCAUCGCACUCCCGAAUGGUGGCCAACUGGUGGCCCAACAAAACGACGUUGAUGAUGAUGAUGUUGUACUGUUGCGGCGCUUUGUGCCAGGUUCCAUUGCAGAGCGCGAGGUCAAGAAGUGGUACAAUGCCGUCGAAAUGCCCAACAAUCCUUAUGCGCCCGAGGCCCUGAAGCAGCGAAUCAGCGGCACCCAGGAGCGUUACAUGGAUGUGCCAAAUAUCAGUCCCAGUGCCGAGCAGAAGGCCCUGGCCGCCGCUCUCACUGAAGAUGGCGACCCGGACCCGGCGCCCCCUUCUACCGACUACAAACGCUACAGCCGCGACUACUACAUCAACAAUGCCCCCAACGGCACAGAAGUAAAUGCAAACGGGCGGAGUGCAUCGUCCAGCGCAGAGAGGCAAUUGGCCGCCGAGGAUGUGGAGCCGGACAUAGUUAUCAACGAGGCGGCUCAAAACGCAAGCCAAGCUGCCAUAGAGCAGACUCAGGAACAGGAAUCGGUUGCGGCUAAUGUUUACACGGCCUUGCCAGCUCAGGUUCUAGACGAUUCCCUAGAGACCCAAUCGAACCCAUCGCUGCACUCGCUGCAAACGACGACAACCACCAGCGAUGAGUCCGAAACGGUGCGCGUCUUCGACUUCAAUAAGCAGGAGACCACCAUCAUCAGAGCAGCACCUGCGGAGCAGCAGCCAAGCUCCUCCACGACAUCAUCCAUGGAGUCGGCUCAGAGCGCACCGGCGUCCUCUUCCUCCAUAGACGCAUCCGUGUCCAAAAAGCGUGAGCGACCAGUUGUCCUACAGUUUGGCCCUGCCGACUCGGUGCCCUCCAUCGGCUCGCCAGUGAGUACGCCCACAAGAGGCUCUACGCCCCCGGCGUUCCGAUUUCUCCAGCCCAAGCGACGCCUCAUCGAGCCGAGUCAAGUGCUGUCUGUGGACGAAGAUGAUUUGCUUGAGCCAAGUACCCCGGUCGCAGAGAAGCCCGCCAUAGAAGAUGAGGUGGUCCGUGCCAUGCCCUCGGUGAAAGCUCUCGCCCAGGCCUUCCUUCUGACCAGCAAAGCCCAGCAAGCCGAGCGAAAGUGGCGAUCGAAGGUAAGGAUAGCCGGAGCGGCAGCUAGUGCACCUGAGACGCCAGAUAAGCCAGCUACCUCCCUGGCACGACGACACAAGCUGGAGCAUGCCGUCUCCAUGGCAGAGGUAGCCGAUGAAUCCACGAUCGCCUCUGACUUAUCAUCCCUCGAAACCGAUCCAUCUAUUCAUUCGGACGGUUCCAUGAACCCACCCAUCGCCUCGCCUGUGAGCCCAGUCCCCGUACGUCAUGGAUUUCUCCGGAGCAAUAUUGCUUUCUUUGAGAACUUAAAGUUUAAGUGAAUAAGCGAAGGGGAUGAGAAGUGCGUCCGUCCAUUGGUGGAUAUUCCUUGAGUAAUAUGCACGGUAAUGGUAGAGCACUCCACGCAUCGUCACGUCACCAAAAAUCAUGUGCCAUGGCCAUGGCCUGUAUUUCCCAUAUUCCCCGCCUUCAGCCAGAGACCUAUCCACACACACACACACACACACACACAAAAAACAAAGUACUUAACUUAAAUUGUUACUUGUAGUCCGUAUUUAUUAUUAAUAUAUAUUAUAUCCAUGGAUACUAUUUAUUUAGCCCUAAGAUAUGUAUUAUGUGUGUACUUAGUAGGCGUAACAGAACUAUUUAAAGUUUCAACCGCGAAAGGUUACAUUUUACCCGUAAGUGUUUAACUGUUGCAUACUUCUAAUCAAUAAAUCUUACAUGGAAUCAAAGCACUAUUGGGG